GGUGCUUUGUGCAAUCAUGCAUAGAGGUGCAUAUGUAGGCCCACUGAUGUCGCGCUAAAGAAUUGAACCUCCAGAGUUCAGUGGCAAGGCUGAGAAAUCAUUCGGAAGGCUAAUAUUUACAACUUUCGAUAUCAACAAAAAAAACCUCUAACCUCCAAACUUAUUACCUCGGCUUCCUUACUUCUAUAAAAUACCCCACAGCCAACCAAUAUGUCUCGACAUCAUCCCGACCUCGUCAUGUGCCGCAAGCAAUCCGGCAUCGCCAUCGGCCGCCUCUGCGACAAGUGCGACGGCAAGUGUCCCGUGUGCGACUCCUACGUGCGCCCCACGACCCUCGUGCGUAUCUGCGACGAGUGCAGCUUCGGCAACUACCAGAACAAGUGCGUCGUCUGCGGCGGCGAGGGCAUCUCCGACGCGUUCUACUGCUUCGAGUGCACGCGCCUCGAGAAGGACCGGGACGGCUGUCCCAAGAUUAUAAAUCUGGGAAGCUCGAGGACAGAUCUGUUCUACCAAAAGAAAACGAAUCGGACGGGAUACUAACCUCUCUGUUGCCCGGGUCUGGGCUGUUUGGAUUUGGGGUUUUGCCUCAUGGGACACUUGUUACAGACGUCGCUACGUUGUCAUGUUCUAGCACCAAGAAGCAUUGUUGUACUCUGAUAUUAGCAUUAUUUUGGCCGGCGUUGAGGUUAUGGUAGUCAUGACAAUGGGUAGAUUCGAUCGAUCAAUAUACCAGCUACAUACGUUUGAUGCAAACUAAU